AUGAUGAAAGAGAGCUCAAAAUUCAGUACCGUGUGCUCUUCUCAGAGGUUCAAAACACUCAGGUGGGACUCGUUGGCUGAAGCUGUUGGCGAUUUGUCUACAAGAAGUGACGAAUGUUUGAAUGAAAGAGACCAGGUCGCAUUGACCCAGCCUGAUGUCGUCAAGGAAUUUCUUUGUCCAGUGUCUUCAACGUUAAAGAGCUCCAUUAUUCAAUUCAGAGAGUCUUUUUCCAAUGAUAUUCACAAUCCAAUUCCAUCAAGUAGAUUUAUUAUCACAGGCCCAAGAGAAGUGAAUGAUCAUCACCAAGCUAUUGCAUGCUCAUACUGGCUACUGAAUAAAUCAAAUAUUUCCACUAGUGACUCUAUCAUCAAUACCAAAAAGUUACCUGACAAAGUCCAGAAAUUAUACAGCUCAAACAAUCCACCACUAAAGAAUUUAAAGCUUGCUAUGAAUCUGAAUAUAAGUGGUGAAAUUAAAACAUCUAAUAGUUCCUAUAUGACACAAACUGUUUUCCAUGGAGUGUUCGCUUGCCGUGUGCUUUUAAUGACACUAGCUAGUCAAAUACCCAUUAUUGGUGAAAUAGGUGAUCCCAUAGGUUUGGAAUAUUUCAAGGACUUAUUUGGCUGUGGAAUGGUGGGCCCAGGAACUAUUGAAUCCCAGGUUCAUAGAGAAUUAGCAAGUGGUGUACCGUUUUCUAUUGGCUUUAGCGCAUCUUCGUUCCGGUCUGUUUUUUCAAGUGAUAUCUUAAAUCAUAAGGUUCAAAAGGCAAUUGAUGCAAUUUUAGCAAGUGCUGACCCUCACUAUUUCCUUUCUGUUACAAAAUUGGGUAAUGUUGCUAUCACCAGCUCUUCAGGAAACAAGGAUAGCUUUUUGGUGAUACCCAUACAAUACAAUUCAAUAGUGUUGGAAUUUAAUUAUGUGGUUGGUGUAGUUGAUGGAUUAUUAGAGGGUGUACAUACCCCCAAAAUAGUUUUAGAUGUUGGAAAGGUCUCAAGUGUCAACCUUAGAGAAGUUUUAGAGCUUUUGGAGCAGAUAUUGAGAGCUCUGACUCUUCGAAAUUUCAUUAUUGGAUUUAUCAUUGAUUCUGGAGACCGUUAUGUUCCUGAUAAUAUCGAGGGAGAACCCACAACACACCAAAUAACACAAGAUGACUAUGAAUCUUUGGAUGAAAAAGAGAACUUUUCAGUAAUGUCUGAAAAUAUUGGAAUAAAAAGGCCUUCAAUGAGAAAUAAAAUCUUUACAUCUGUGAAAUCAUCUUAUUCCAAAAUCCGCUCAACUUUAACUGACAAAAGGAAUUCAGACAUUGGUCAGUACCAGGAUCUAAUAUAUGCUGACAUUUUGAUCAAUGAAAUAGAACAACUCAUUGAAAAUUUAAAGACUUGA